AUGGCCAAAGCCGGCGUCAUGGGCCUCAUCACGCAAGGCACCUACGGUGAAGCCGCACACCUCUCACACACAGAACGGGCCCGCAUCACCCGCACCACCCGCCACGCCGUCGCAGCAGCGGGAUACCCGCAGCUCCCGCUAAUCGCAGGCUGCGGCGCGCCAUCCACAAGCGAGACGAUAGAGCUAUGCCAGGAUGCAUACGAGUCGGGGGCUGACUACGCGCUCGUCCUCCCUCCUUCCACCUACAAAGCGCAGUACACGCUUCCGAGCCUAAAGGCCUAUUUCGAGGAUGUGGCUGGUGCGUCGCCCAUCCCGGUGCUGGUGUACAACUACCCCGCCGUGACGGGCGUGGACCUCGACGCGGAGACUCUUGCUUCGCUGGCAGGGCAUCCCAAUCUCGUCGGGUGUAAGCUUACCUGUAAUCAUAUGGGGAAGAUGAACCGACUCGUUGCGGCUGUGCAGCCUGCAACGGCUGCGGAGCGGGGCUCGGGGUUUAUGUGCUUUGGAGGGUCGGCGGAUGCGACGCUGCAGACGUUGGUGGGUGGUGGGUCGGGGGUGGUUGCGGGGUUGGCGAAUAUUGCGCCUAAGGCGUGUGUCAGGCUGGUUGAGUUGUAUCAUUUGGGGGAGAUGGAGGAAGCGAGAAGGCUUCAGGGGGUGGUUGCGAGCGCGGAUAGGGUGGCUACUGAGGGCGGGGUCGGUGCUGUCAAGAGUGCAUUGAGAGUCUGGUUUGGUUAUGGAGGAUCCGCGUGUAUUGUAUUAACUGCUCAUGAUGAGACCUCGUCCCUCGAGACAUUCCAAGAAAUCAAGCUCACCUUAUCUCUCAGGACAUCUUGUUUCAUAAAUCUCUAA